AUGCAGCCUUCCAAUCCCCCCGAAUCCAAUUCAAAUCCUACCGAUAACCGCGAAAACCCUAAAUCGCCAAAAUCCUCCUCCACCGAAUUCAAUGCCACCGGCAACUCCGCCACCGCAAACAGUAGCAAUCAUGUCGAAAAAAGCUGUGAUAAUGUGGACGAUGAAUUAGUUCUUGAUGUUACAGGUAAAAGCCUGGAAUUUGAUUUAUUAGAAAAAGCUGAAGAUUCAGUGGAGGGUUUAUAUUUGUAUAAGAAUGCGUUUAGUUUGGUGCCAAAGUCAGUGGGCGGGUUAAGGAAACUGAGGAAGUUCAAGUUUUUUGGGAAUGAAGUGAAUUUGUUUCCGGCUGAAUUUGGGAAUUUGGUGGGAUUGGAGUGUUUGCAAGUCAAAGUAUCAUCGCCAGGGUUGAAUGGGUUGAGUUUUAAUAAAUUGAAAGGGUUGAAAGAGCUUGAGCUUUCGAAAGUACCGCCAAGACCUUCAGUCUUGACGAUUUUGAGUGAGAUUUCUGGGAUCAAGUGCUUGACAAAGCUCUCUGUUUGUCAUUUCUCUAUAAGAUUGGAGAGCUUGGACCUAUCAAGUAACAGGCUGAAGUCAUUGGGAUCUCUUGAACUUACUUCAAUGCAUGGCCUCCAGUAUUUAAAUCUUCAGUACAAUAAGCUUCUCAGUUGUUGUCAAAUACCUUCAUGGAUAUGCUGCAAUUUGGAAGGAAAUGGCAAGGACUUGUCAAAUGAUGAUUUCAUUAGCUCUUCAGUUGAAAUGGAUGUAUAUGAAGCCUCCUUUCAGGAGGAUGACAGAAAUUUUUCUUGUAACGGUUCCAAUCAUGCUGCAUCAAGCAUAGUGACUGGGCCUUCAUCAAACAGCAGAUGCUUUUCAGCUCGGAGGUCCAGUAAGCGUUGGAAACGACGACAUUAUUUGCAACAAAAAGCUCGUCAAGAGCGAUUAAACAACAGCAGGAAGUGGAAAGGUGAGGGCCGUGCUGAAGCUUUGGCUCUGAAGGAAAGUGAAAGUUUCAAAUCGGACAAUCUAGUUGUCCAUACCUCUGAUAUUCAUGAAGAGGGUACAUCAGACAUCGUAGGCCUGGAUGAUGAUGAUGAAAAAGUUGAACUUUCUGGAGACGCCGAAGUCGAAAAUCUGCUUAUCAAAGUUGAAGAUGAUAAAUUCAGCUCAAAAAAGGGCUUUUCUGCAGGAACCUGCUCAUGCGACCUUGGGUCUAUAAAUAAAAGUGAGGAAGAAGUAUGCUGCGUGCAAGAUGAAUCUUUAGCCCCUAUAGAGGGUGGCAAUGGUAGUCAGGAUGAAAGUUUAUCUUCAGAAAAAUCCAAAAUCACUUACAAGUUAAAGAGGCAUUAUGAUAGGGAUCUUGAUAAUCCAAAACCGUGCAAAUGUCGGAGACCAACAGAAGAUAGCUCAAGUUUGUCUCACAAAUACAGCGACCUUUCAUUUUGCAGCAUUGAGGACCAUCUACCAGAUGGCUUUUAUGAUGCAGGACGUGACCGACCUUUCAUGCCACUGAGGAGUUUUGAGCAAAUCUUGCCUCUUGACUCACGCGAGGUCAUUCUUUUGGACAGGGAGAAGGAUGAACAAUUGGAUGCAAUAGAUCUCUCUGCUCAAGCAUUGGUGUACCGUUUGAAGAGAGUAAAUGGUUCUACCAAAGAGAGGAAUAAGGUUGCUGUUGAUAACUUGCAGAUUGCAUCAUUGCUUGCACUUUUUGUUUCUGAUCAUUUUGGGGGCAGUGAUAGAAGUGGUGCUGUUGAAAGGACACGGAAAGUAGUGUCUGGUUCAAACUACAGGAAGCCUUUUGUUUGCACAUGCUCAACUGGAAAUAAUCAAAGUAUUAGUUCAGCUGGUGAACACACUUUGGAACCUGUAGAAGAUGUUAUUUUCUCGGAUCUCUGUGAGAGAUCUUUGCAAUCUAUUAAAGCAAGACGACGUUCCAUUGUGAUUCCUUUAGGGAGCUUGCAGUUUGGUGUUUGUAGGCACAGAGCCUUGCUAAUGAAGUAUCUGUGUGACCGAAUGGAUCCUCCAGUACCUUGUGAACUUGUCAGGGGUUACUUGGACUUCACACCACAUGCCUGGAAUGUCAUUCUCAGCAGGAGGGGUGGUUCAUUGGUCCGGAUGGUGGUGGAUGCAUGUCGUCCACAUGAUAUUAGAGAAGAAACAGAUCCAGAAUAUUUUUCCAGGUAUAUUCCACUCAGUCGGACUAAAGUUUUCCUCUCAAUUGAGAGCAUUCCUGGUCCUGGUUGUUCAUUUCCUUCUCUGUCAACUUUUGAUGAGAUUGAAAAGGUGGGUUCCAGUACUCUUAUUCAGUGCAAAUUUGGAUCAGUUGAAGCUGCAGCAAAGGUGCGUACUUUAGAGGCAUGUGAGGCUUCAGCAGAUGAAAUUAGGAAUUUUGAGUAUAGUUUUCUCGGAGAAGUAAGAAUUUUAGGCGCUCUACAGCACUCUUGCAUAGUUAAAAUGUACGGACACCAGCUGUCUUCAAAGUGGAUUCCACCAGAAGAUGGAAAUCCAGAACGCCGCGUAUUAAAGUCUGUUAUUCUUAUGGAGUAUGUUAUCGGGGGAUCUUUAAAGAAUUAUGUAAGGGAGGUAUCAAAAACUGGUGAGAAGCAUGUACCGGUGGAGAUUGCAUUGUGUAUAGCUCGAGAUGUUGCAUCUGCAUUGGCAGAGAUUCACUCCAAAGAUAUAAUUCAUCGUGACAUAAAAAGUGAAAAUAUUUUGAUUGAUCUAGAUGAUAAGAGAGCUGAUGGCAUGCCUGUAGUGAAGCUCUGUGAUUUUGAUAGAGCUGUGCCACUCAGGGCUUUCUUGCAUACAUGUUGUAUUGCUCAUAGAGGGAUCCCGCCUCCUGACGUUUGUGUUGGAACGCCACGGUGGAUGGCUCCAGAGGUAUUGCGUGCAAUGGAUAAACGCAGCAUAUAUGGUCUGGAAGUGGAUAUUUGGUCAUAUGGAUGCCUGCUUCUGGAAUUGUUGACUUUACAGGUCCCAUAUACUGGCUUACCUGAACCACGCAUACGUGAGCUUCUACAGUCAGGUAAACGACCACCACUAACUGAUGAGCUAGAAGCAUUGGGAUCCAUGGACGAGCAUUUGGUGACUCAGUCUGGGUCAAAUCUGGAGGGACCUGAGGCUGAAUCAGAAACUCUGAGAUUCCUUAUAGAUUUAUUCCGUCAAUGUACCAAGGAAAAUCCAGCUGACCGGUGCAGCCAGCUUCACCGUGUAUCAGAGCACUCCAAUGCACUAGAAACCCGUUCUAGCUGGCAGCUCAACUGCAGUGCGGAGUUGCCUAAUUUUAUGCCGGGGACCAUCUCAAAUUCUUCUCACCUCACUUCACCUCACCGAACCCUAAACUCUGCUCGCCAAGAAAGACCGGUAAUUGCUGUGAAAAAAAGAAAACCACAAGGAGAGGGACAUCAACAUCGGCACCAAGAUGAAGAUCCACCUUGGGUUGUUUACACGCGUGUUUUGACGUAUCUCGUGGCAUCAUAUGCUCCAUGGACCCCCUAG